GCGUGAGCAGGACUGAGCUCCGGAGAGGAGGAGAGAGAGCGGAGCGUCAUAUUGACAGCGACAUGCUAGCAGAGCUCAGUGUGCAAUGGAUUGUCUGUCGAUUUUAAAAAUGGAAGCUGUGGACCGGACACUAAAUUACUAUUUUGUUUCAUGGUUUGGACCAAGAGAUUCCAGAGUUGAAGGUUUUUUCCUUCUAGAUAAGUAUCCUCCUACGUUUAUACUUAGUCUCCUGUACCUCUUUGUGGUCUGGGCUGGGCCGAAGUACAUGCAGAACAAAGCACCUCUAUCCUCUAGGGGAAUACUAGUGGUCUAUAACAUUGGAUUAACGCUCCUUUCCUUAUAUAUGUUUUGUGAGUUGGUCAGAGGUGUUUGGGAUGGAGGAUACAGUAUUUUCUGUCAGAACACACACAACGCUGGUGAAGCAGACCUGAAGAUUAUCCGUGUGCUAUGGUGGUACUACUUCUCUAAAGUCAUAGAGUUCAUGGACACUUUUUUCUUCAUUUUACGAAAGAACUACCAUCAGAUCACUGUUCUGCAUGUCUAUCACCACGCCACCAUGUUCAACAUCUGGUGGUUUGUUAUGAACUGGGUGCCCUGUGGUCACUCUUUCUUUGGGGCCACUCUCAACAGUUUCAUUCAUGUGUUGAUGUAUUCCUAUUAUGGGCUUUCUGCUAUCCCAGCCAUGCGACCUUAUCUUUGGUGGAAAAAAUACAUUACUCAAGGACAAUUGCUCCAGUUUGUUCUAACAAUAAUCCAGACCAGUUUUGGCGUUAUCUGGCCAUGUGGAUUUCCAAGUGGCUGGCUGUACUUCCAGAUUGGAUACAUGAUCUCUCUGAUUAUCCUCUUCACUAAUUUCUAUAUUCAGACCUACAAGAAAAAGAGUGCUUUCAAAAGCAAAGACUGUCUAAAUGGUUCUACAAUAGCUGCGAAUGGACACACAAACGGCCUUUCUACACAGAUGGAUCAUUAUUCAGAAAAGAAAACUCAUUAAGAUCGAUCCCAGGGCUAGAACCGCGUUUGUCAGCACACUAAAAUUUUCGUGAUGUUCUGAGGCAAUUUCAAAAGUUACCAAUGUGUUAACUAUAUCCAGUCUGCAUUAUAUAGCCAUAUAGGGUAGGGAUUUGGAAUUGAAUAUUGUUGUGAUCAAUAGAAAAAUGAAUUUAGAGAAACGUCCAUAUAUGAAAGCGUAUCUAAGUGAUAGAAAGGUAUGGAAAAUGAUACCAACCCUAUAUAGUUUCAAAAAUGGUAGGAUAUUUCCUAAACUAGAGCAAUGGACCCCAGUGUGAAUCAGGUAAAAUGUGGUUGAUUUUAGUUUACAAUACUGUUGUUGCCUUACUGCUUUUUUGUGUGUUAGGUACUGUCUUGUACUUACUUUAAUCUUAAACCAUAUUUAUAUGUUUCAACUGAAAUGUAUUUGGCACAGGGUGUUGACCCACAUGCCUUAGUUUUAGCUAAAGUUGCAAUGCUGCAUAAUUAUUAUGUUUUAAAUGUUCGAUAAUCCAUACCUCUUUCUUGAUUAUAAAUAGUUGACUUGCUUGUUCUAACAACAUAAAGUAGUGUUGUGUUGCUGCCACCGUGUAGGAACAGGUAACUGAGAACUGCAUAGACAUGUUUGACACAGUCAAUUUCUCUUAGUGCAAUGACUGUCCAACAACGGACAGCUGCUCAGCAUAUCCACCUUAUGCCUCCAGUUUGAUUGAAUGGUCAACAAUUGAGUGAAACUCUUCUCUUUCCACUGUUGCUCCUGGACCAAGUUCCAAGUUAGUAGUCCCUUCAUCGUGCGCACCUUGAUAUUGGCCCCAAUCGCUCUUCUCAGGAAUUUCCACAAUUGUUUGUUCAUUGAGACAGUUUGCUGUGUUACUGCAGAAUUGAGGCUGUAGUUUAAUAGCUACCCAGACCUUCUACAUUUGUGCAAAAGCUGAAAGUCUUGCGUGCAGUUGAGAUUUUUUUUAUAAAGUUGGAAAUGCAGAGUACUCCGAUAAAGAUCUGGGAGAGAGAAAAAAGUUUUUGUUUCCGUUGCUGAUUGACCUACUUUGUAUGUUCAAGAUUUUCUCCUUUUAAUUCAGAUUUCCAGCAUUCCUUUUUGUCAAAAAAGAAUUUUGUGCUGUUGACCUAAGCUGAGACACACUUAUAUUACAAGGGUACACUUUUCCUAUUUUGAAGGGUUUGGUUGAAGCCUACUUGUGGCACACCAUGCAAAAAUAAAGGAUAUGAAGUAACUUAAUGAUGUUGUUAUACUUACCUGUCUCAUGUGAGUGAGGUGAAUUAAAUAUCGAAAUUGUACCUUAGUUGCUGUGGCCAGAUUGUGUGAUGUACAUGUUUGUGGUCUUGUUACAUCCAAAAUGCAAAUCAUUUCUGUGCGUAUACUGAUGUUUCUGUGACGUAGUGUUGUGUAAGUGCAGCAGCACUAUUAGUUUAUGAGGAAUUUGAGACUCUAGAAGUAAGUGUGACAUUUUUCACUCCGUACACAUUGAAAAUAUUUGCUGGCUGGAGUCCUUCAGCUUUUUUGUGAGGGGUGAACUUGAAUUGGUAGGUAGAUAGAGAGCUUUCAUUACAUGAGAAUGUCUUGAUUACCUCUUGAUUCUGGGGCAGCAGUUAUCUCUUUAAUUUGGCAGUAAAAGCCAUGGAUGAGUAGCUAAAAGAAGUGCAAAGAUUCCAUACCUACCAGAGAUGGACUGGAAAACAUGCUGUAAUUGAAACAGAUUUAAGCUGUAGUACACACUGGAAGGUUGAUUUUUUUUUUCUCUCUUGUGUCUAAAUAAUUUAAUUUUAAAGUUGCAGUGAAUAUCGGUAUUUAUUAAAAUGAAGUAAUCUUUGUGUGAGGUAUCAAAUGAGUUUAAAGUAUAACAUUUAUGCAGCAGUGUCACUUUAAAUAACUUGUGCAGUUACACAUAUGCCUUAAAAAUAAAUUGCAGGGUCCAAGGUUUUGUUGCAGGCUUAACCAAUGGUUUAAGUGAGGUCAGUGCAAAAGCAAGAAAGUUCAUGUAAUUUCUAAUUUGCAUUAAUCAGCAGUAUGGUGACCCUAAUUCUCUUAUCCAUAUUUGAAUUAAAUGUUCGCUAAUAAUCAGUAAGUCUCAAAUGCUUCAACAUUACAUUAACAGGUUUGGUGAUAUACUUUCAAAUGAACAACACAUCGAUCUUUAUUACUAAUGAGUCAGUGUCAUAUCUAAUGAAAUAUUACCCCUAACUAUUAAAAAAAAUCCUGAUCCCUUUAAUUGGAUGUAUUAUUUUUGAUGGUGUUAUAUAUUGAGUGAGUCUUUGGCCAUGGUGACUCUAGUUAUGAACAUUUCAGUGAAAUUGCCAUGCUAUGUCCAACCCAUACAAGGAAUGUAAUUGGUUCACGUGGAGUGUGAAGCAGCUUCUUUUGCCAUCCUAUCUAGUACUGAGUUUGCACACCCCACCUAUAAAUCCUGGGAUGUAAGCAUUAGCUGAGGCUAAGGCAAAAGUUACGGCAGUCAGUCAUUGUCCAAAAUGUAGAAGACAGUUUCAGAUUUUAAAAAAAUUACAAAAAGCAUUAAUGAAGCUGCAAUCCAUUUUCUAAUAUGAUUCAGUUUAUAGAAAGGUUUACCAAUAUUUUAUGCAUUUGGGUAAAAAGUCAUUGAAACUACAUGAAAAUACCGUUUUGGUGUUUCUAGUCAAUCAAUCUAUUCACUUUGUGAAAAAAUCAUGAAAGGUACUUGUUUGGUCAGGUGACAGUACAUUUUACUAGACUUAGUACAAAGAGAAUAGCCAGUGUACAUUUUUUGGUUCCACUUUUAACAUUCAUAAUGGGAGCAAAAGGUUUGAAUAUGGAAUUAUCAAUGGUUAACUUCCUAAGGAGCCAAGGUCUCCUGAUUACAUAUAGGGUUUGAGGUUGCUUUAAAUGCUAUAAAGUCAAGAAUCGAAGCCUGACUGUGAAUGCUUACACAGUGCAAUGUGGAACAAGAAUGCACAUACAUACAGACUAAACCAUUGGAUAUCAAAGAGCAGUACCUUUAGAUGGGCCAGAAUAUGCAGCCAAUGUUGAGACUUGCUUGAAUUGCUGAAGCACUUCGUUUCUUUUCAAAUGUUUCUGCAGAGUAACCAUCUCGUAUUCUUCAGAGUUUUUCAUUAGUUCCCCCGCCCCCAUAUUUCAAAAGAAAGUAACCACUUUGUUUGUGGGGCUUAUUUGAAGACUGCGCUACAAACUUUAAGUAAAGCCGUUCUUACUGAAGUAUAACAUUCUGUAUCCCUUUUCUCAUACAGGCACUGAAUUUUUCAGUUAAUGCUGCUCUCAAAUGUCAAAUUACUUUUUUUUAAAAAAAAUAAAACUUUAAUCAUGAGUGUGCUGGUAACCUGUGUCUGAGUAACUUGUACAUUCAUCAGUUGUAACAGCUGCAGAUGGACUCAAAGUUCACAAAAUUAAAAUCUUUACUAAACUUA